AUGAGCUUCAAAAAUACACUUUUGCCGGUAGCUACAAGCUUACAAAGCCAGGGACGCCUGUUGUCGCUGGAAAAGCCGGUUGUGAUGGGCAUUUUAAAUGCUACACCCGACAGCUUUUAUACCCAUGCCGGUAACAACAGCAUAACAAAAGACCUGCUGGAGCUGGCGGAGAAAAUGCUGAAUGACGGGGCCGUGAUCCUGGACAUUGGCGGCGCUUCUACCCGCCCGGGCGCGGAGGACGUGAGCGUGGCCGAAGAGCUGCGCCGGGUGAUACCAGUCAUUGAAACGCUGACACGUACGUUUCCGGAUGUAUGGCUGUCGGUAGAUACUUAUUAUGGCCGGGUAGCAAAGGAAGCGGUGGCUGCCGGAGCGGCAAUCAUUAACGAUAUAAGCGCCGGUGAUAUGGACCCCGCCAUGACCGGGGCUGCGGCCGCGCUGCAGGUACCCUAUAUUGCCAUGCAUAUGCAGGGUGCGCCACGCACCAUGCAGGAUGAUCCGCAAUAUAACGAUGUGGUCGGGGAAGUGUUUGAAUACCUCAGGAACAAGGUGCAGGCUUGUGCCGCACUUGGCAUCCACGACCUGGUGCUGGAUCCGGGCUUUGGUUUUGGCAAAACGCUGGCACAUAAUUAUGCCUUACUGAGCAACCUGCAUGUAUUCAGGAUAUUAGGCAAACCCUUGCUGGCCGGUAUUUCCAGGAAGUCUAUGAUCUGUAAACCGCUGAAGGUAAAUCCCGACAAGGCACUGAACGGUACCACAGCCUUACAUAUGGUUGCCUUGCAGCAAGGCGCUUCCAUACUCAGAGUUCAUGAUGUGCGGGAGGCUGUGGAAACCAUAAAACUUUUUGAGCUGCUAUAA